CUCCACAGCUUCCAAAGUUCAUGGCCGGUGGCCUACAAAACCCCACUCUGUCGAACUCAGAUCACAUGCCAAUCCGAAACAGAAGAGAAAAUUCCAGAUUUCUUCUCGCUGAAUCGCUCGUCUGUUCUAAUUCUUCAAUGGCACUUCCCAUGUUGAGAUUAGAUCGCCAAACGAUGAGAGUGUUUCAAGUGAUGGGGGUCUUGCUCUGGGUGACGAUGCUGGUGCCACGGAGCGAAGCAUACGAGUUCAAAGUUAGAGAUGCCGGCGGUUGGACCGUCCCUUCCAAUGCAAAUGCUUUAAAUCAGUGGGCAGAGAAAAAACGUUUCCAAAUUGGAGACACUCUAGUCUUCGACUACACGCCCGGCCAAGACUCAGUGCUAUAUGUGAACCAAGACGACUACAACAACUGCAAUGACGCGUCGCCUAUGGCCAAAUAUGCCGAUGGCAACACCGUGUUCAAGUUCGACCAUUCAGGACCAUUUUACUUCAUCAGCGGAAAUAAAGACAAGUGCCAAAAGAAUGAGAAGAUGGUGGUUAUUGUGAUGGCUGAUAGGAGCAACAAAACUGGUGGCGCAGUUGCACCAUCCCCAUCAACAAAUAACGGCACUGCCCCAUCCCCGGCACCUUCCGGCGAGGAGUCUCCUUCUCCACCGGCCGGUUCGGUAGAGAUAAAUCCAACUCCGGCUCCCGUCAGCGAAACCCCAGCAAAAAAGAACGGCGCUACUUCAGUGUUCAUCGGUUUCACUGGCUCCAUUGGAGCAUUGGCGGCUUCAACUCUACUUCUGGCAUUCUAAGUAGAGGAUUGGGAAUCAUGAUAUUGGGUUGAAUUUUCAUUGUCUGUCUGAAUUGCCUUCUUUUGCCCCCUUUUUUCCACCCCAGUUUCUUCUCCGUGAUUUUUCUCACUUCAAGCUCAGCUACUUCAUCUGGGCAAGGUGGAGCGGCAUCCGACAUUUGUUAUUGAGGAAUUUGUAUUGAUUUACAUAUCACAAGUGUGUUGAGUUGUUCUCACCGUAUGAGAAUAUUGUAGAUACGGAACAUAAAUAAAUUCCAGCUGCUUUUGGCAAGGUUUGUACUUUCAAA